GUUCCCUAUUGAACUUCAUAGCCAGCCAAACGAAUCGGAGAAGAGAUCGCGCCAUGUGCUGCCCGGCCGGUGCUGAGCCCUACCUCGCGCCGGAGCACACGGAUGAGGGCAACGUGGGGGAAGUGGACGGAGUGAGAUAUUACGCAGUCGGCCGCAGCAGCCUGGGUCUGCUCUUCCUGCCGGACGUUUGGGGCUGGAACGGCGGACGCACCCGGGCGCUCGCGGAUGAGUUCGCCCAGCGGGGUGGGCUGUCCGUGUGGGUGCCCAAAGUCUUGGAGCCCUACCAAGGGGGCACCGACGAUGAUGGCCUGCCCCCGGACUUCGACUUGCUCACCAGGAGAGGUCCGAGUAUGCGCCCGCGUAUUUCCAAGGCUGCUGGAAUCCAGAGAAACCCUGCCCAUGGUGCUGAAGGUGGUGGAUGCCAUGAAGGCGGCAGGCGUGGUGAAGUUUGGGGUGCUGGGGGUGUGCUAUGGCGCCUGGCUGGGCUUCCACCUCUCCAAAGCGCGGCCCGACCAGGUAGUGUGUGGCAUUAGCCCACAUCCAGCCGUUCACCUUGAGUCUGUGGCGGGUGGUGAUGCCCUUCUGUUGGCUGCGCAAGUGGCCUGCCCCUGGGCCUUCUUCCCCGCCGGCGACCCCAGCGUGGACGGCGGCGUGGGCGCCGACCCGGCGAUCUACGACGCGGAGGGGGAGCUGUUCCGAAAGCUGGAGGACAAGUUGCCGGGAAAGAACCUCACGAAGCGCUACCGCGAGGUGAGGCACGGCUUCUUCGCUCGGGGCGCCAUCAAGGACGGCUGGAAGGCCGGGGACGGCGACCAGGUCCGCCAGGCCGUGGCCGACUGCUUCGCGGACUGCGCCGCUUUCCUCCAAGCCCACGGCAUAUGGAAGCCUGAGCCCAGCAGCUGGAAGUUCCUGGCACGCUACUGCUGCGGUGGCUGAGUUCCUCACUCCUUCGGCCUUGGGCCCCGGAGCGGGAAAACUGGGUGUAUCAGAAUGGUGGGCUGCUGCUCCCAAUGUCAGCUUUCGCCCACACCAAAGGAGAACCCGUGGCUCACCGAA